UUGAGACCUAUUAUUGGCAUUCAAUUGACUCUUCGUGUCAUUUGACACGACAUUUGGUGCCAAAUAAGUCACCCAUUCCUCCACAGAGUCCAUACAUCACAGACCAGUGUCUGUCUGUCUGUCUGUCAUGUCGUUUCUUCCGGCGGGCGCUGAGGAGUACAGCGACGAAGACGACGACUAUUUGGAUAACUAUAACCAUUACCACAAAGAGGUGACCAUCACUUCCCCUGUCGUCGAGUCCACUCCCAUCACAACUUCAAAACCUAAACCAAAGCGAAAUGUGUGCCUCGAGUCGAUUGCCUCUUCGGAUGGUGUCAUCUGUUUGAGUGACAUCCGGAUGGCUAUUAUCAAUGGAAACGCAGACUAUUUGAAGCAAUUGAUGGAAAAAGACAACAAGUUCUUCGUGGACACCAUUCUGUCGGCCGGAUUGAUAGUGUUGCCAAACAGACUUGGUAACUCAGCGCUUGGUCAGAAAAUUAAUACUUACAGUUGUGAAGACAACUCGACGCCAUUGAUGGCCGUCUGCGGCGCUCGCAGUGAUGUGAGUGAAGAGGAUCUGAUUGAUUGCGCCAAAAGUCUGAUCAAAUUUGGCGCAAAUGUGAACGCUUUGGAUAAAUACGGAAACUCUGCGCUCAUAUAUGCGGCCAAAGCCGGGAAGUGUGGUCUCACUCAAGAGCUCAUCGAUAAUAACGCAGAGAUUAAUCGUGCAAACAAUGAGGGCUGGAAUGCACUGCAUUGGGCCGUAAGGGAAGGUCAGGGAAAGGUAAUCGAGAGACUGCUUAGCAGUAAUGACAUUGACAUCACUCUGAAGACGAAGUCAUCGCAAACUGCGGCACAAAUCGCUGAAUCCAAAGGCCAUCAAAAAAUUAGUAUUAUUUUGGAAAAUAUUAAGAAUAAAAUUGACGACAACGCUAAUGGUGCGGAAGAUGAUAUCAAUAGCGAUAAUACGAAACUGAGUGAAGAGGAGGUGAAGAUUUUGGAGGAUUAUGUCAGACCUGUGGCUGAGAUCAAGUGCCGAGAAAAGUCACAACCAAAGCCAACCAAUCAUGGUGAAUUGGAGGAGUUCUUGCGACAAUCAGAUCGCAUAGAAUUGUUGCCCAAAUUCUUGGAGCAUAACAUUGGUUAUCAGGAUUUGGUGACCAAUGCUGAGGUGGCGCUCCUGAAGAUUGGAGUCACCGAACCGGCAGACAUACGAAAGAUUUGCGCAAAUAUUGUGUUACUUCACGGCCAGGACUGGAAGAGGGAAUCACUCAAAGACAUAAGUCUUAAGACUACUAUUACGUGUCCGGAUAUGUUGUGUGUGAUGUCUAAUGUGGCCAAUCAUUUGCAUCGAAUCGAUCAGACGGUCGCGUAUCUCAAGAACACAGUCACUAAAAGGCCGGACAUAAUGGGUCUCAACAAUGAGGUGUCGACCAAACGCCAGGUUUAUAACGAAAUACUUCAGGCGCUGUCCAACUCUCGAAUGCUAUACCAAGAGAUCCAAUCACUUCGCGAUGUUAUCAAUGCGAUUGAAGACACGAGUGAACCGCAAACUCCGGAUCUCCUUUCCAUUCCAUUCACAUUAGAGGAUGAGAUCGACAAUAAGUGUCGCAAAUCAACGAAGUAUUCCAAAGGCUUUCUCUUCAGUCUGAUAGCUGUCAGUGCUCUCAGUGUUUAUGUCGUAAAAUACGGUAAAAUGAAUGGAGAAAAUACAUUCACUUUUAUGUUGAAUUCAAUCCCGAGUACACUCUCCAAACUGUAUUACAAAUUUUAUUAA